GAUGUCUGAAACACGUUGUCUAUGAAUAGGUUCUGACAGUCAGUCAGUUCUUCAGUGACUUAUUUUUUUCUUCAGUUGAUCCGUGCGAUUGAUUUUCGAAGAGACGACAAAUGUCUGAAUACUUGCUAUGGUUUGCCAAUCAAUACAAUGAUUUCAGAGUUUCGGAGUUUGAAAGUUUGUGUUCACUUUUGGCCAUCGAUUUCUUGUACAGCGAACAGCCGUCCGAUAAGCCAUUCAUAAUAUUCCGAAGCAAUGCCACUGAUAGACAACUGAAACAAUUGAUGUCGCGGACAGUGUUGGCCCGCAAUAUCUACGAACUGUGGAUCAAUUCGGAUCAAUUGACCAAAUUCUACGAUGACCUACGCCAGUGUCCGCGCUGUCGAUUACCGCAAUAUCGGAACAGUUCGUUUAGGAUCUAUGUGGACGCCUAUAAUAAAAAGUUGUCGUUAGCGGACAAAAUCGAAAAGAUCGAAACAAUCGGAUUUUUACCAUUUGAAGGACCGAUUGAUUUGCGGACACCCGAUCAUAGUUUUCAUCUGUUUGAAUACUAUGGCAGCGAUUCAAAUAUAAUACCUGAGGAACCAAUUCAGAUCUUAUUCGGUAGACAUCUAUACAAAAGUAAUCGAAAAGUUUGCGCAAAAUUGUCGCUAAAAACGAGAAAAUUUAUCGCCAAUACAUCAAUGGAACCGCUAUUAGGUUUAUUGAUGACAAACAUUGCUAGAAUUACUGCCAAUGAUUUAGUACUGGAUCCGUUUGUUGGAUCCGGUAGUCUAUUAGUUGCCGCAGCUUAUUGUGGUGCCUAUGUUUUUGGUACUGAUAUUGAUUAUAAACUAAUCCAUGGACUGACCAAACCGUCCAGAGCUGGCGUCAAACAGAGAGACGAAGACGAAAGUAUUUUAGCUAAUCUAAAGCAAUACGGAUUACAAGACAAGUAUAUCGAUGUUGUGGCCGCCGACGCGUCGCUACCGAUUUGGCGAAAAGAAAAACGUUUAUCCAUUGACGCCAUCAUUACUGAUCCGCCGUACGGUAAACGUGAAUCUCGGGAACGUAUUGGCACCGAAAAACAGUAUAAAAUACCGGAUGAACUGAUCGAUGGCCACAUUCCAGCAAAAGUUGAAUACAAUUUGUGUGAUAUUUUCAGUGAUUUACUCAGUUUUAGUGCUUUUCAUUUGAAAAUCGGCGGACGACUAGUAUUUUGGGUGCCAUUAGACAAACAAAAUAAUAAAACCAAUUUCGAUAUUACCACCGAUUGUCAUCCAUGUCUUAAAGUGAUAUCAAUUAGUGAACAACAAUUAUCGACAUAUAUGUCAAGGAUUUUAAUAUGUGUCGAAAAGUUCAGAGAAGAAGAACUAGAAGAAUACAGUGAAGUAAUAGUAGUUAAUAAUAGAGAAGAUGUUCAUUAAAAAUACCAAAAUAUAGAUAUAAAUUGUAUAUAAAUUAAAAAAACAAAA